UAAAUCUAAUGAUUCCUCAGAGAAUAGCAAAAUGGUACUAAAUCUACUUGCAUUUCAGGUGGCUGUAAACACUGUAAUUCAAGAUGAAAAAGAAUUCCUGAAUCACAUCAUCAAGUCAACCAAUAUGAAGUGCCUCACUGCUCCAUCGGCACUGGAUGGGGAAUGUGGGUUCCUGGCGGCUAACUUGUAUGCGAAGAGUGUAUUUGGGGAGGAUGCUCUGGUAAAUGUCAGUGUCGAGAAACAAGCAGAUGGGAAAUUGAGUGGGUACAUAAGGAUAAGAAGCAAAACCCAAGGAAUUGCCUUGAGUCUUGGUGACAAGAUCACUCUCAAACAGAAAGGUGGCAGUUGACAAAUCGGUACCUGCAUCGAUCCUUUUCCAUCCAAGUUCUCUUUUGAAAUCCUCUGUCAUCAUUUUAAACCGUGAUUUUGCAGACAGUUACUGUACUUUUAUUUUUUCAAGAAGGAAAAGAAAAUUUUAAGGAUUACCUCGGGCCUUUUGUUGUUUUCCCUACAUCUAGGGAGAGUAGUAGUAAAUUAGUACUUACGCUGUUACUGUUUUUUUGCAUUUGAGCCAUCCCUUACCUUUAUGGCAGUGUUGCGAGUGUAUGAAUUUUUUUUUUCUCGUCUUUUUGAACUUGAUGUUAGUUGGAUACAUUUUCUGGGACACAGUUGUAACUAUUCAUUGGUAGUUUCAUUUAGUAUGGCAUUGGUUAUUG